AUGCAGAGCACCAGCAGCUACCCAGGACCUCCAACCGGGUUAAGUGCGUGCGGAGGAGAGGAGGAGGAGAUCUCGGAGCUGGUCAGCCCGACAGGAGCAGGCUCCAUCAUGCCAUCUUUUAACCUUUCCCUCAACUGCUGGCUUCACAUCCUCUCCAAGGAGUCCUCCAUGGAUCUGCAUGGAGAUACCGCCAACCUGUCUGUGCGCGUUCUCAUCGCUCUGGUCUACCUGGUGGUGUGUGUCCUGGGGCUUGUGGGUAAUCUCCUGGCCCUCUUCCUGCUCCACUCCCGUCGCCAUGGCCACCAUCACUCAGCCAUCGACUGCUUCGUGAUGAGCCUGACUGUCACAGACCUGCAGUUCGUCCUCACCCUGCCCUUUUGGGCCGUGGACACGGUGUUGGACUUCCGCUGGCCCUUUGGCCGGGUCAUGUGCAAGAUUGUGAGCUCGGUCACUACCAUGAACAUGUACGCCAGCGUUUUCUUCCUUACCGCCAUGAGUGUGACCCGUUACCACUCCCUGAUUACCUCCCUGAAGAUGGGCAGUCCUAAAGCUGCCACAGCUCGGGCCAAGUGGGCCAGCUCAGCCAUUUGGGUGGUGUCUCUGGUGGCCACGCUGCCACAUGCGAUCUACUCCACUACAGUUCAGGUGUCUGCAGAUGACGAGCUGUGCUUAGUUCGGUUUUCUGACUCUGACUCGGGACACUGGGACCCCCAAGUCUUGUUGGGGCUCUACCAAACGCAGAAGGUUCUACUGGGAUUUGUAGUCCCUCUGAUCAUCAUCAGUGUGUGCUACCUCCUCCUGUUGAGGUUCAUCCUAAGCCGGCGCAUCAUUGGCAGCUCUGUAGGCAGCGGCACCGAUAGGUCAGAGUAUGAGAGAGGACGCCACCGCUCCCGCUCCAAAGUCACCCGCUCGGUCACCAUCAUAGUCCUGUCCUUUUUCAUCUGCUGGCUGCCGAACCAGGCCCUCACCCUGUGGGGGGUGCUGAUCAAGUUUGACUUGGUGCCCUUCAGCAAAGCCUUCUACAACGCUCAGGCCUACGCCUUUCCCCUGACUGUGUGUCUCGCUCACGCUAACAGCUGCCUCAACCCGGUGCUCUACUGCCUGAUCCGCAAAGAGUACCGAGCCGGACUGAAGGAGCUUCUUCUGAGAGUUUCCCGGGCCGUCCAUAACGUUCUGUCUUUGGCUCUGAGAGGGAGAAGAGUGGAGGAGGCACCACCCAGCUCCGUCAUGAUACACAAAGACAUCAAUAUGUGAUUUAUUCUGGACGGUUUUGGAAAGACUAUUAUUAGCUUUCUUUUUGUACAGUGCAUAUAUUAAAAGCAACCAAAACAAAGAGCGUCCUGAUGCAUGCUCAAUAA